CUUCUGGCUGCUGAGAGCACCCGCUGGUCAGCUCUGGUACUGCAGCCCACAUGGCAGAACCCAGGAAGGCAGGUCACUGGGCACAGGAUUUCCAGGAGCAGGCUGGGAAUCAGUUAUUGGCCAGUUUAGCUGGACAUCAGGGGCUGGCAUGUCGGGCUGUGCAGCGGGCACCGAGUCAUCUGGCACGACAGCAGGCACCGGGUCACCGGGCACAUCAGCAGGCACCAAGCCAUCUAGCAGAACCGCGGGCACAGAGUCACCUGGCAAGUCAGCGGGCACCGAGUCACCGGGCAUGUCAGCAGGCACCAAAUUAACUGGCACAACAGUGGGCACUGAAUCAACUGGCACGACAGCGGGCACCAAGUCAUCAGGCAUCAGGUCAUGUGGCUCGACAGCGGGCACCGAGU